AUGCUAUCAGUGCUAUUAUUGCACAAUCGGCUGUUCUCUGUUUUCUUUCUUCUUGUUUUCCUUUUUUUCUUUUCCCUAUCUCAUUCUCUCCCCUACUUCCGACCCCGCUGCGUAAACAUCAAACCACAAAUGCGGGAACUAACAACUCCAGGACUCAUGGCGGUGGAUGACUUCGCUCCCCUGCCUUGGAUGGCACCCGGCUUCCGGCAGCGCGGAUACCACUUCGUCUCGCACAACUACCGACUGGCCCCGCAAGCUCGUGUAGAUGAACAGUUAGCCGACUGCCUCGAGGCUAUUGCAUGGUGCCGCGCCAACCUCCCGGCCAUCCUCGGCGCCGAUAACAUCGAUGUGGACCGCUACAUUCUCUGCGGCGAAUCCGCGGGGGGGCAUCUCGCCACCCUAAUGGGACUGCACCUGCCCGCUCCAGCCCCGAGGACAAUCAUCGACGUAUACGGUGUAGUGGACUUCCUGUCGAUGAAGGCGUUCGGGCCCCCUCACCAACGCCCCAGCCGAACCACACAGGGACCGUGGGACGGCAAGUUCUCCGAAGAGACACUCAACAAGCUGCUCCGGGACCGCGAUCAAGCCAACGUGUUGACUGACGGGCUGCCGUGGGACGAGUUCACCCGCCUGACGGACACCGAAAUCAGCAAGCUGUGGGCGACCGAAUUCCGGUACACGGACCGGGUGUUAAUGCAGGCCGAGCUGCACAUGAUGCACUCCCUGUCGCGGUCAGCGGAUGGCCUGCAUGUGGGGAUCAUGCACAGGGAAAAGUUUGAGAGCGAGGAAAGUUUUAUCGCUUUUGUUCGGUCCAUGUCGCCGCUGCGGGUACUGCAGGAUCGCGUUAUUGAGGGGAAAAGGGGGCUUGAACUGUACCCGCCUACCGCGUUUUUGCACGGCACUGGGGAUGUGGACGUCCCUGUUGAGCAAAGCUAUGCCAUGGCUGGCGUGCUGAAGGACGCCGGGGUUCCGGUGGUGGAAUGUUAUGAGGAGGGCGGGCUGCAUGUGUUUGACAUGAAGUACACGGUAAGGAUUUCCAGGCGUACGGGGUGUGACUUGGCUAAUACCGUGCUCUAG